CCUCAGUUUUCGACGGCUGAUUAAUGUUAUCAAUUUGACUGUUAAUUUUAAAUUUCAAAAUUUUCAUCUUAAAUUCCAUACCAAAUCUAAUCUAUUCCAAUUUGUGGGUAAAAAAUAAAUGUAUUCUCACCCCCUUAAUCAUGGCCACAAGUUGUUAUUUACUAAAUACAGAAACAAAAAAGAAGAUCCCACUAUCAAAUAAGACUCCAGUGGUCCUAGGCCGCAAUAAAGAAACAGAUAUACGCGACAUUAAAGUAUCAAAAAGUCAGAUAAAGUGCUAUGCUGACUUUAAAAAUAAUAAAGUCAUCCUAAAAUCCAUUGGGCAAGCUUUGUCGGGUUGCAAUGGACUUGCACUUACAAAGGAUGUGGUUUAUUCCAUAGAUCAUAAAGACAUUAUUGAAGUAGCCUUGGGUAGGUAUAAAUUUGAGGUAAACUUUUAUCCAGAGCCCAAAGAACCGUUGAAAGAAGCCACUGUUAUUGGAGAACCAAAACCUAAGAAACCAAAAAUGGAUUUUCCCAUUUUUAACACCCAAAAAGUCACAUUGCACAGUUCCGAGUUUAAAGGUGGUGUUUGGGAGGAAACUAAGGAACUGUUAUUCUUCACUUCCCCAGAUAUCAAACCAAGAAACAAAGUAGCUUCAUUUGAUAUUGAUGGUACUAUAAUAACACCCAAAUCAGGAGCAAGAUUUCCAAAAGAUCCAGAUGAUUGGAUGUGGAAUAUACAUGAUGUUGGAAAGCAUCUUAAAAAAUUGUUUGAUGAGGAAUUCAAGAUUGUGUUUUUUACCAAUCAGUCUAAAGUUGGGACAGACCCUGUAAGAGUUAAGGGAUUUAAAAGGAAAAUUGAGAAUAUUGUUAAGGGGUUGAAUCUGCCCAUACAAGUAUUUAUAUCUCUAGGAAAAAAUAUGUAUAGGAAACCCAUGACAGGAAUGUGGGAUUUGCUGGUAACUCAAAAGAAUGAAGAUGUCGAGGUAGAUGUGAGCAAGUCGUUUUUUGUUGGUGAUGCUGCAGGUAGAGACAAGGAUUGGGCACCCAAGAAAAGGAAAGAUCAUUCAUAUGCAGAUAGAUUUUUUGCUAUGAAUAUUGGUCUGAAAUUUUAUACCCCAGAAGAAUUCUUCCUGAAACAAAAACCUGCUCCCUUUAAAAUGCCUGAAUUUGACCCAAGAAAAGAUACAAGUCAUCUUACGUAUCCUGAUUUAUCUUAUGACAAACUCAAUGUAAUUCUUAUGGUAGGAGGACCAGGAUCUGGCAAAAGCACUUUUGUCAAACAAAUGCUUGUGCCAAAAGGAUAUGCUUACGUAAACAGAGACAUCCUUGGUUCCUGGCAAAAAUGCGUCAAAGCAAUGGAAGAAAAUCUGGCAAAAAAUCAAAAUGUUGUUAUAGACAACACCAAUGUUGAUAAAGAAACUAGACAACGUUUUAUAGAACCGGCUAAAAAGUUGGGCGCGGAUGUCAGAUGUUUUAUAAUGGAGACCACAAUAGAUCAGAUGAGGCACAACAAUAAAUUUAGGGAAAUGACUGAUAAGUCGCAUGCCGUUGUCAGUGAUAUUAUAAUAUAUAGUUAUAGGAAGAAUCAUCAAGUGCCCGAAAUGUCCGAAGGGUAUAGCCAAAUUUUGAAAAUUCCACUGAUCGUUAAGAUUGAGGAUGAAAAAUUGAGAAAACUUUAUAAGAGCUUCUUGCUGGAGAGUCCCACACAAAGUUCGGAUAGUGGCUCUUCCUCAAAAUUAUAAAAAUAUUUUGUAAAAUUAAUUUUUCUUUUAGUGAAAUUUCCUUUUAUUUUUUAUGUUUUGCUUAUACUUAUUUUAAAAGUCAAAACCAUUUGGUUAGAAUUUAGGUUUGUUUGGUAUAACUGAAAAUAUAAAAAUGAUUUUUAGUUUUUAA